GCGGCUCACACAUAGUUUUCAAACUGGGCUGGAAAAGCCAGACGACACGACCAUGCGGCUGUUGCUGAGAGCUUUCUUGAUGCUGAGCCUGGCCACGCUGCUGCUCGCCUCCAGAAAAGGCCGGCGCGUCUCUGUUAAUUUUGGAAGGGAUACUGGACUGAAGGGCAAGCGGGCGAGACUGAUCCUGGAUCCAUCAGUGCUGCCCCAGAUUGUCAGCACCUUCGACUCGUCCAUCGCCAACAUGUCUCUGUCACCGUGGACGUACAGGGACUCCUAUGUAGAAUCUCGGGUGCCCAGGAGGAUUUCCCAUGCUCAGUGCCUGACCUCGGGCUGCCUGACCCUGCAGGGAGGAGGUGAGGAUGCCGACCUGGAGGCCAAACCCAUCCACUACCAGGUCCUGGUCCUCCACAGAGUCCCAAGGCCGCAAAAGAGAAAAAACAAAAAAGGAAGGAAAGCAAACCACAGGUAUCUAUUCAGACUGGGGACGGAAGUGGUCUCAGUGGGUUGUACGUGUGUGAGGCCCAGUGUCGUGUCACAGCGCUAACACUCUGGAGCAGUUCUUCCAGUAUGCUGAUGAUGUUUUCACAAGUGUGUAACUUAAAUCUAGUGAUACCUUCGAGUUAUCACUGCUUCAAAUGACUGUACAAUGUGAAAUGUCUUUUUUAACUAAUGAAUAAUAAGUGCUGUCAUGUUCCUGACCCUCUUAAUGUUAGCUGUUAGCUGUUAGCUGCAGCAGUACAAACAAGCCAUGUCCCUGUGUCAAAAGGCCUCUGGCAGAAUUUGUUUCAUGAAGAUGGAUAAAUGAAUACCACUGUGCAACUUGAUAAUAGCACAGAACUGCGUAGAGCUGUGUUUCUUUCUGCCCCCUAGUGGUAGAAAAACACCUCAUGCAGCUUUAAUUCUGUAUAGGCUGAAUUAAUCAUGAAAGGGGUAUAGCAAAUGUAUAUUUAAUCUAUUUUAAUAUAAUUUG